CAAAGUAUGUUUAGAAUGGUUUAGAACAACAUUUUGUCAAAAUAAUCGCAAGUGUGUAAAAUCGAAAUAAUUAUAUUGUGACAUUUUAUCAUGUGAGUGAUGAGUUGUGACGAAGAUGAAAGUGGAACUUUUGUUGUAUUCUUCUUACCAACGGUGCUUGGCUGUUUGACUAUACUCUUGGCUCGCCGGUGGGCCUACUCACAAGUCAGCAAUACCUCGUCAACCGCGAUUUCCAGACGGCGAAAGAUCAUAAAAGAUCCUUUAAUAAAACGGCAUUUACCCCAGGUAACCACUAAGAUGGUGGCCCCAAAGAAACUGUCUGGAACGACGAAAAAGGGGACACCUGUACUAGAUGAAGAUUCUUCAAACGGAAAACGUGUAAGGUCAAGGCUGCCGUCAAACACACCUGUUCCAGAAGUUAAAUUGCCAGAGGGCCCAUCACCGCCUAAACACAUCCCAUUCCCAUUUAUACCAUUAGAUGGAGAACUGUUGUUUGAAAUUAUGACUUUCAUAUUUUUAGCAGUAGCUACUGGACUACAGUUUUUGAAUUUGUACAGAACAGCUUGGUGGCUGCCAACAUCAUAUACAACACAAGCAAUGCACUUCCAUCUUGUAGAUCCACAUGUGGUGAUGUUUAUUAUGGGGAUAAUAAGUCCAAGGAUGUUAUUAUGUGCAAGUGUGGCCAUAGUGAGAUUAUUUGUAGCACCUAAGAUGAUGCCCCAUGCCACCACGGCAGCAAGGAUGUUCAUUCUUGGUGCUAUUAUUGGUAUGCUUGGAUGGAGUACUUAUUAUUUACUAAUGAAAUAUCCUCUUGUCAAAAUGGUGUAUUUGGUUUAUCCAUCAAUAAUAUACUUCAUCCUAUUUGGAUUCCAUCUUGAUGCAUUCCUGGAGCUCAAUCAUACAGAGACACUACCAAUGCACAGUUGUUCACAUGAUCCUGAACAAAUUCGUUCAGAAGUAGAAAUGUUGAAGGAAGACUUCAAUCUCCGAGUCAAGAAAAUACUUUUUCAUUCAAUAAUUGGUGCAUAUUACACCAGUUUUGUUCCGUGUUGUUUUGCACAGCCAUUUCUGUAUUACGACGUGCUGUCAGCGGCCCAACAAGUGGGGUUAGUAUGGGGUGCCCUGUGCGGACGGUACGCAGCGCAAAUGUUACCUGCGUUAUUCUGCGAUGUACCACAUAGGGCUACUAAGCAUUUGGGCUCUUGGAAAUUAGAGGGCCCUGCAACAAGUGAAACAAAUGACGUGCCACAAUGGUCCGGAAGUAAAUUUUGGUCGCAAGGGUCGCGGGUUCGAUGCGAUGAUCAAAUAUACAUCGCGGAUACACCCACAGUAGCCGCGGAUCCCACUAAUAUGGCACAUGUGAGGUUUUAUACGGUAUUCAACAAUCCUUCAAAACUGAUGUGCCUGUUAGUCUGUCUACAACUUGCAUUGGUUCUGCUCAAAUUAUGUCUGCUGUUCAGCUCAAUAGUAUGGCACUACUUCUUAUCUAUAGUGGUUUUAUUAUUCAUUAAUUAUUACUCACUAUAUAAGAUGCUCAGAGACUACCUUGUGGCAUGGAAAGUGUAUAAGGCGGAAAAUUUAAUACAAGACAAAAAUGUUCAAGCCAAUUAGGUUUAUGAUCAUAUCUCCCUCGUACAAUUAAAGUUUUAAGUACUUAACAAUGAUUUUGUAAACGUAAAUGUGUAUGGUAGAUGUUGCCAUUUAUUGCAUGUGACCAGGGAAUGGUUAAGAAUUAUAAUUCCUAAUUUUCUAGUCAAAGACACAUUUUUGAAAACACCUUAUUUGUAAAGAAAACACCUUAUUUGUAAAAGAUGAUAAAAAUGAUGUUAUGACAGUCCUGAUUUCAGUCCUGCUCAUUUAAUAUUUUUGAUAAUUUUUCUGAACAAACAUGAAAAAACUGUAUAGUGUUGACUAUUAUAGAUGUUCAUCAUUCAGAUUUUGGAAAUAAAUACUUGGGAGAUAAGGACGACUUUGUAUUUAUACUCAAGUGAUCUGUCAUAAGUGUAAUUUAAUUUAAAGUUAAUAAAGUUAUGAGAA